AUGGCUUCUCAUCGUCUGCUCCUCCUUUGCCUCGCUGGACUGGUAUUUGUGUCUGAGGCUGGCCCUCCGGGCACUGGUGAAUCCAAAUGUCCUCUGAUGGUCAAAGUCCUAGAUGCCGUCCGAGGCAGUCCUGCUGUCAACGUGGCUGUGAAAGUGUUCAAAAAGGCUGCUGAUGAGACCUGGGAACCGUUUGCCUCUGGAAAAACCGUUGAAUCUGGAGAGCUUCAUGGGCUCACAACUGAAGAGAAAUUUGUUGAAGGGAUAUAUAAAGUGGAAUUAGACACCAAAUCCUACUGGCAGUCAGUUGGCAUUUCCCCGUUCCAUGAAUAUGCAGAGGUGGUGUUCACAGCGAACGACUCUGGCCCCCGGCACUACACCAUCGCUGCUCUGCUCAGCCCCUACUCUUACUCCACCACAGCCAUCGUCAGCAACCCCAAGGAAUGA